AUGUUCUACAUGCCUGCAAAUACAGACCUCGAAGUCAAAAGUGAUUUCGACGACCAGCGAGCCGAGAACGGCCAAAGUCGCAGAAUAUUCAGCAAGUUGACGAUCCAGAUAAUGAUAGCAACGAAGAAGAACCGUUCGGUCGCUUUGGUCUGGCAGCAGACGAAGCUCUCAAGAGGAGCGCCUGAAGGACGAGAAGGUACGGGAAGAGGGGAGAAGAAAACAAUGAAGAAGGAGCAGAAGGAAUGGCGAGAGAAAGGGAAGGAAUUAAUAGUUGCAGGAGGUGCGACGAUGGCUGGACCAAUAGUGCCGAAUAAAGAGGAAAACCCGCCUAAAAAGGAAUUUAGAACAAGUUACAAGAGACAUAGAGGAACAGUUCCCACCUUUACUAUCCCAUUUCCUGUUUAUAUUCUCGGAGAUACGGUUUUCUGCUCAUCGUAA